AGUCACCGGCAUAUUGGAGGAAGUCUCCGGCAGAUUGGAGGAUCUCUGGAAGUAAACGUAGGUAUUCAUUCCUUUCUUUUAGGGGUGUUCUUGUUGAGUUGCUUGCUGAAGAUUCAUUUGUUAGGAGGAGCGGUCAUUCUCACUUCGUUGUAUGUGAUUAUUGUCACGCACGGCACGCAUAUGUAAAUUAAAUUUUAAGAUAAUUUGUCACGUGAACUCAAUAUUAGUAAUAGUAAUGACAAUGAAGAGUGAAAAUUCACUUCAAUAUCUCCUGCUAUUUUUUUCAUAAUGCUGCAUCUGCAAAAUAUUAGUAAUAGGUUUUAUCUCAGUAAAUUGAGCAAUAACUAACCUAUUCUGUUCCGUUAGCUGUUGGUUAGCAUAAAUACUUUCAACUUCAGAUUAAAGAAUUAAUGUAUAUGGUUUAUUAAGAUGUCUAUCUAAAUAAAUUUCAGUUGGAUAAAAACUUGUAAAAUGGAUGUUAGUAGGUUAAAAAUCCACAUAUGCUUGGAAGUCAGUGAUUUGAAACUCCAUGUGACAAUGGGAUCAAAAGCUGGUGAUUUACUAUGCAUGAGAAUACCUAUUAUAGGCAAUAUAUUAGGCUUUUAAUUAGCAUCUGCGCUAUAUAAGCAAUGAAUAGAGAAUACCUAUGCCAUUCCAAGUAUCAUACUUUUUAUAUACGUGUUAACCUUGACAUAUAAAUCUCAUCCCAUUGUGAUUGCCUACUAAGUAAAAAAGUGAUAGUUUAUGAUGGAAGAUUCCAUGGAAACGCCAGAUACGCCAAUUAUUUGAUUUCUUUUUCAUAUAACAUGUGACAUUUUAUUUAAUCCAAAGCUUAAAAUGCUACUGUAAACAGUGUCUUCAAUUUAUCAAAAUCUCCUUAAGUAUAAAAAGUUAUGAUGUUUAUUGGGUAGAGUGAAUUUGUCUACUUUUAUUUAAUUUGUUGUAACCUAAUUUUAGGUUGAAAUAGAUGAAGUAAAAUUUUAACGCGCAUUGCCAUUUUUUCUUGGGUAGAGUAUAUAACCAAGACCAAAAAUAGGAAAAAAGAACUGCAGAUAGAGUCCUUAGCCAGCAUUUUACUGAAUGGGGUAUAAAGUUCUGAGCUUAUAUAGCAUAAUUUAAUUUUGUGGCUCUCAUCUAGGUUAGAGAAUCACUGAAUUUGCUUCUUUGUAUAAAUUUUUAGGCAUACUUAUAAUCAAAAAGUCAAUGGCAUUGCAUUCACAGCCAUUAAACCACUUUACUUCUCAAAUCUCUGUCUCUAGGUGCUGAACAAAACUUAUCUGACCAUUAGUUCUUAUUAAUCUUAAUCAAAUAUGUAGUCUUAACUUUCCUAGUAUGUAGAACCAAUAUUAUCUACAUCGGCCAAAUGUCAAGAAAUUCCCAUACCUACUUGUGUUCCAAUCUAUAAAACUUGUAGGUCAGUUAGUUCCUUCUCUCAUACUCGAAUUAAAAAUUGAGACAUGGAAUGCAAUGAAGAUGAUGAACUCCAUGUAGCCCCUUAUGCUUCCUUAACACAGUGCUUUCAUUAUCCUUCUCCUACCCAGAAACCUAUCCCGACCUCAACAAUGGAAACUGCUGAAGGCCACUUUCCAUUUUUCUGCUCUCAAUUGCACCUUCCAAGCAACACCCACGACCCAAUUCAAAUCCCACUCCAUAAACCCUCUCCCAACACAUCAUCAAACAGUAACAACAAUAACAAUUCUGAUGAAGCAAAGGCUCUCCUUGAUGACAGAAAGAAGAAAAGGAUGUUCUCCAACAGAGAAUCUGCUCGCAGGUCUCGCAUGCGAAAGAAACAACAAAUUGAAGUCCUUCAGUAUCACGUGGAUCAUCUGCAGACACUAAACCAUCAACUCUCCCAAAAGAUCAUUUACUUGCUUGAAUGUAACCAACAAAUCCACCAACAGAAUUCUCAGCUAAAAGAAAAAGUUUCCUCUCUUCAGGUAGUACUCUCUGACUUGUUGGUUCCUGCAGCAGGUGCAGAACAACCUCACCACAUCCCUAAUGGCUUCCCAGCCGAGCCUUCUUCAACUAGACCAAUUGCAAGUUCCCGAACAUAGCCACAUGUGCUGUAAGAACAGUUAUGAGCACUUAAAUGUGAAUCUGACGCAGACUUUUUGGCCUGAAGUUCUGGUUGGUUUUGGUGAUGCACAGGUAAAUAUUAUAAGACAUAGUUUGUUACUACUUCCCAUCUGGUUAAUGCAGCAUCCGAAGUGGCAAAUAUUGCUUAAUAUGACAAUUUUAUAAUAUUUGUGAUCCUGUAAAUGUUGAUUUGAUACUCUACCAUGGGAUUAACAUUAUAUAAUAUACUGAAUAUCUGUUGAAUUAACCAUCACGAUUCACUUCUCUUGUACAAACUUUGCUUCUCUUUAACCAAAAGAA